GCAAGCCGUUACAUGCUUUUAGAUAGUCUGUUAGCAAUCUAGUUUAGUAUAGACAUCUGUGCGGGUAACCUAAAAAUAACGGGUCUAUUGCAAGAAGAUUAGUCAAUUUUCUAUACGAGUGUAGUGAAUGUUGAAUGUCAAGUUUUUAAAAACUAAAAAUGAGUAAAAAUACUCGUGAUACAACCCCAGGUGAUGGCCUACGAUCAUUGCGAAGCACUUUGUUAUUCCGUGCCGUUAACUAUGAAUUAUAUGUCAAGCCGAACAAAGCUAUCAUGAUUUUUGGUAUUAUAGCAAUGUUGGGUUGUUCAGGAUAUAUAUUUUACAUGAAUCGUAAUCACAAGAGAAACGAUUAUCAAGCUAUAGUUAAAUCAGAUGAUACAGUGGUACUAAUGAGGAAAGAAUCUAAAUGGGCAGACUAAAUAAGAAAUGUAUAUACUAAUAAUCAAUUUGUCAUAGCACUUUGUAACUGAUUAAUCAAAUUCUGAUAAUAUAUGUGUAUAUAUGUUUAUAUGUA